UUUGAAUGCUACUCUGGCUGCAGGGAAAGGAGACAUUUUCAUCUCUCUGUCUGUGCGUGCGUGCAUGGUUAUCACCUCACGGACAACUUCCGCUCUGGCUGAACCUGUGGGUCGCAUUCUAUAUUCAGCUUCCCCCUCAGGUGUUUUCAAAAGAAAAAAGAAGCUGUGGCUAUUUUCCUCUUUGGCUUCUAGGGGUCGAUUAGAAGAUGCCGUUGAAUUGUUCUAUGCAGCGUGGAUUGACCACUAGGCGUUGUCCGGUAUCUCCUGCCAAGAUCAAUCCCAUUAGAAACUCUCCGCGGGCUUCUCUCGCAACUAGGCCCAGCUUCGGUGAGAGGCUCUGCCACAAAGACAGCCAGAAGCGUCUACAAACGCUAUCUUUGAAGCAGAGGAUUCCCCCGCGGUCAUGGGAUAGUCAUAUGCAUGUGGUAGAACCCCAGCGAUUUCCACUCAGCCCAGAUGCACUCUAUCAAACUCCUACACACACAUUGCGUGAGGCCUUGGCCUUUGAAUCGUCUAUUGGAGUAGACAAUUUUGUUUUCGUGCAGCCAUCGAUCUAUGGCUUCGACAAUUCUUGCCUCCUGGAGGCACUGAAAGAAGUCGGUCCUUCCCGCGGCCGGGGAAUCGUGGCCAUCGACCCAAACAAUAUCAAACCGCAGACUUUGACAGAAUGGCAUGCCCUAGGUGUCCGUGGCGUGCGGAUCAAUUUGAAAUCGGUCGGGAAGGUAUUGAACGAGCAGGAAUUAGCGCAGACGUGCUUGCAACAAGCCAAUGCCAUUCGUCACCUGGGCUGGAUGAUUCAGAUCUACCUCCCGCUGAACAUGGUUCCUAUGCUCGAGCAAAUAAUCCCACAACUCGAUGUUAGAGUCUGUAUCGACCACUUUGGUGGCCCCGAUCUCCCAUCAAUAUCCUGGAACGAUCACACUUCGUUUGAUCCGUACUCACUUCCAGGAUUCUCAUCUCUAGUCUCCCUUCUACGGGAAGGAAAGACGUAUGUGAAGAUAUCCGCGCCUUACCGUUUUACAAAGGAUAAACAUAUGCGGGAUAUACAGGCCACUACGCUGGAGUUGUUGCGCACCGCGCCUGACAGGGUCGUAUAUGCGACGGACUGGCCGCAUACUCGUUCUGAUAACGUCGAUAUCAGACCUUUCACAGAGGCUUGUCUACAGUGGUGUGGAGACUCGGAAGUAAUUGAAAAGGUAUUCAGGCUGAAUGCUGAGGAGAUGUUGGGUGUUGAGAGUACUCCAUAGGCCAUUUAUAUGGAGUUCUGCUGGCCCUGUAUUGUUUCUAUCGUCCUGGUUAGGUCUCGUGCUAAUAUUUGUUUGUGGCGUUUUGCACCAUCAUGUAUUGCUAUUCUGUUUCUACCUGCUGCCGAACAUGAGCAUGAAUACAGCUCUUCCCUACUCAGCCAUUUUUAGAGAGAUCAAUUACUGCACCCAACUUCCUAGUUUAGUACUCAUAGCUUGAACAGAAUAGAGUGAAAUUUAGUUCUUC